UGGAAGGAUCAGCCUGCUUCCUCUUGGGUGUUCUGUGAUCCAGUGGCUGACUUCAGAAAACAGGAUGAGACAGGUGGCAUUUGUAGGCUGAGACAGGAGGAUCACUGUGAGUUUGGGGCCAGCCUGGUCUGCAUAAGCGAGUUCAAGGCCAGCCUGAACCUGCAUAGUGAGACCCUGUCUCACAACAGCAGCAACAACAAAGCUGUUUGUAGUACUCUGAUUCUGACCUCCCCAGGACCCGGAGUAUAUAUAUGAAGCAUAGCUAAAAUAUGUGAUCAACAUUUAAACUUAAAAAUUUAUCACAGCAAAAGUAACUUUACCAUUCACCCCACCUUAGAAUACCCAGAAUACUCUUUUAAGUACUCCUCUUUGCUUUGAACAUACUUAUUCUGCCAUUGCUGGCAAAGUCAUGUCUUUAAAAUUUAACCAUUUACAGUAUUUUUAAUCGUGUUUGUGUGUGUGUGUGUGUGUGUGUGUGUGUGUGUAUCCCUUACAGUAACUGGUCACAGUUAAAUCAGUGUGUAAGGUGGUGGUUUAUUCCUCACAAACAUUUUGCCAUCGAAAGACUAUUAACAUAUGGCACUAGGUUUCCAGGCUAUUCUCCAAACUCCAAAAUUCUAGACUUCGUUUUUAGAAACUGUUAGCUCACACUCAGUAUACUUAAAAUAUAUUACACUGUAGAACAUAUAAACUUAGACUAUCUAAAUCAGGAGUCUCAAUUGUCUGACUUUGCUUUUAAGAAGAGUAUUUUCCAUUUUUUAUGACAGAGUUUAUUUCCCACCUGUAGCAGUAGGCCUUUAAAUCUUCUUUCAGUGACAGAUUUGCAGGUAAGGACGGACAUGUCCCAGCUCUCAGCCCAGGCCAGCUCCCCGGCUGUGUGCUUCUGAUUCCUCUGGGGCAGCCUGACUGUGGUGCCCACCCUUCCCUGCCCGCUUCCAGCAGGUAAACACUGUGUGCCCGUGCUUGAGUCUAUCCAAACUCAGGCGCAGUGUCCCCAGUCUUAUUUUUCUUUCUCCUCUCGUCUUUUUUGCUCUGCCCACAAAUUUUUUUGAAAGAAAACUAUGUAUCUGUCUCUUCUUUUUCUUUUGGUUUUUAUUCUGAGAGUUUAAGGGUGUAACAAUGAGUGUUAAACUUUACAAGAUUUGAUCUGGAGAAAGUUGUCUUUUUUCUUUUUCUAAGCCUUAAUUUUCUCAUCUAUAAAAUAAAAUUACUAUUACAAUUAUGCCUUAUGAGGACUGAAUAAAAAUAAUGCAUGUAGAGCAUUUGUUUUAACACAGUGAGUGGCCUAAGGUUAAUGCUUCGUUUCUUUUUCUUUUAAAGGGAGAGGUUUAUUUGGCUUAUGGUUCAGAGGAGUCAGUCCAUGGUAGCUGACUCCAAGGUAGCAACCUCGUGGUUGAUGCUCGGUUUCUAAUACCUAGUUCUGUAUUUAUGUUUGACCUUUUUUUUUUUAAGCCAGAGAGGUAGAACUUCUGACUCUCCUGCUGUCUGUUUCUUCUUUUUUGAAAAUAAUGGUGAGACAGUUGCACAGAUAAAUAAAAUGAGAUUGCCAUCUGAGAUUCUAGUAACAUUCCCACAAAUUGGGAGACAGAGAUAAACUAAGAAGUUACCUAAACGCUUGAUGAAUUUUCCAACAUCCCCAAACACCAGUUAUAAACUAAUGGAUGUAGAAUUAAAUGUGACUUGGGUGAAAUCUAAUCAAUGUAUUUUUUUUAAACCUAAGAGAUGACCGGAUAAGGUGCUGGUAGAUGGCCAGCCUUAGCCUAGCAAAGGGAGUAAUUACGGCUGAUGCCUACAGACACACAUACUUAUCACUACUCAGGGAUGGGAAUGCCAUACCCCAAGGACUCAAACCAAAUGUUCUUUGUGGCAGGUUGUUCCCAGGGCUUCUGAACUCAUCACAGUCAGCCCGUCUUGUCCAGGAGCCAGUUACAGUUUGAUAUCCUUGGCAGCUCCAUCAAAAGGCAUGGCCACUGCCCUUAGUGGUGGUUGUAAUUUCUUUCUACAAUUAAUAAAUUCCCUAUACAUACAUAAAUUUUUUUUUUCUGUGAGCUUGUUAGUGUAAGUUCUCAAAGCAGGUCUGCUUUUGGAGUAUUGCAUACCACUUGAGGAGUUGACCUGGGUGCCGUCGGUCAUCAUCAGGGUGACGGUUCCCUGCCUGUCUUCCUUAAAUCCCUCAGCUGCGGCGGUCCUGUACUUGCCUGUCUCAGUCUGCUUGGGUCUAGUAGUUGCAUUUUACAAAAUGGAGCCGGCUGUGAUGGCGCGUACCUGUAACCCUAGCCCUGGGAAUCCCGGAUCACAAGUUCAAGGCUAGUGUGGGCUGCAUAAUGAGAGACCAUCUCAAAACAAAGGAAAAACCCAUAUAAGCAAAGUAUUUUUUACUAAAUCAAGAUAAUUUGUGUUAAGAAUAGUGUGUGAAAAUCAGCCAUAAUUCCAGGCCAAACCCCUGAGAUGGGAAUUAGCUUGGUCUUCCCCUUAUUUUUCUUGUGUACCGUCUCUUUCAAAUAAAACUGGAGUCAUACCCUCUUGAACUGUAUCUUCCCUUUUUCAUGUAAUAUAUCUUGGGUGUCUUCCUGGGUCAGGUUUAUUUGUAAGUUGUAUUUCAUUCCACAAAUGCCUUAAAAUUGCCCUAGCGAGUUUUUAAAUACAAGCAACCAAACAUACAGUUAUGUCUGUGUACAUUUCUUUUAGCAAAUGUUCGUUGGGCACUUAACCACAUACAAGGUAUUGUAUACAAUGUUCUGUGUACAGUACCGAGUAAAAUUGAGGCAGUUCCAGCCCUGAAGAGCUGUAACCCCUGUCCAUUAUCUCCUGGGGUAAUUCUAAGUGGAAUUGCCCAGGCAGUGCACAUUGCUAAUCUCAACUGUUAAUAGGUGGUAGGGGACAGUCCUGAAAGGUGCCUCUCCAGUGGUUUCUACAACCAUUCAUAAUCAAAGCUGUCUGUGACGGCCAGUAAGGUCUCCCUGUUGGUCAGAAAAUGGCAUGAGAGAGCCAGCAAAAGAGGCCACCCUGUGGUUUUUAUUGGGGCUUUGGGGUGAAUGUAGGUGAGCUGCCAGCUCACUAGGUGGAAAUCGGUCAGGAAGGAGCAUCUGAGAGCAAAGUGUAGUGGUGGACACCUAUAACCUUGGCAAUCUGGGAGGCUGACCUGGGAGGAUCAUAAUAAACUCAGCUCUCCUGGGCAACGUAGCAAAUUAAACCCUGUCUCAAAAUUUUUAAAAGGAGCGGGUCUAUAACUCAGUCUGGAGAUGGUUCAAUCCCUGGUGCCUCCUCGCAAAAACCACUUAGACUCUUUAGUGCCACGGAUUGAAUCCUAGCAAGUGCUCUACCACUGAGCUACACCCCAGCCCCAAGACAAAAAAUAUCUGUCCCAGAUGUGGAGAAGAAACCAGAGGCCAAAGCUGCCUGUAGUCAAAGGACAAAAACGAACUAUGUUCCUUGUAAAGAUGCCUGGAGCACCGAUCUCUGGCUACUCACCGGGAACCCUUCAAGCAUCUCAGUGGUACCUCUGUGCUUUCACCUCUGGACAGUAGCUGGUCCCACUGUCUUUCCCGUGGUGUCCACUCCCAGCACACACAGUACACACGUGCACACCUGCAUCCCCUUACAGACGGUGGGAACACGGAUCAGAGGCUGGCGCAGUUACGGUCAGAGCUGUGCCUGGCCCUCUGAUUCUUUGACUUCUAGGAAGCUUCAUGCUGAGAUACAACCAAAGCAGAGGUUUGGCAGAGGUCUGUAGAGCUAAGAAGCGGCUCUCCCCCUCCACCCCCAGCCAGGCGGCCCCUGGGCUUUCUGGCUGUUCUGUGUUCGCUGCCACUUGCACACUUGGAAAAGAUGAAGCAUGCGCGCCAGUCGCCCUCGGGUAGGUCUCGUACACAAAGGGCUUAUCGUGGCUUGAUGUAGCACUUAAUGGUUGAGAAAAUAGUCUAAAGAAGUCGGGACUUCCCCAGGUGGCAGGAAGGAACCAGGCAAACACCUGCAGUUUGUCACCUCUGCCUUCUUCGUGUGUCACAGGCCUUCAGACGCUGUGAGGGUUUCCCCUUUUGUUUGUUUUGAGCAUACUAGACAGGCAUUUCACUUCUGAGCUACAUCCCCAACCUUUCUAGUUUGGUUUUGAAGGAAUUUAUUUUUGUACUUUUGGAUUAAACCAGAGCUUCCACACUGAGCUACAUUCCCUGCCCUUUGUCUUAUUUUUAAUUUUGAGACAGUCUUAGUCACUUAGGUGUCUUGAUUGGGCUCAAAUUCUCCUGCCUCAGCCUUCCAGAGUGCUGGAAUUACCAGCUCCAACAGGCCUGGCUUUAAAAGAUUUUAAUUCUUAACACUGGUUUUUUUGUGGUGAUUGUUGACAAGGAGGCUAAAAAAGUCCAGGAAGCUGGAUGUGGUGGCAAAUUCCUGUAAUUCUAGCCCUCAAAAGGUUGAUGCAGGAUAAUCUCACUUUCAAGAUUAAUAGUGAGCAUUGCCAGACAGACUGUCUCAAAAAACAACAACAAAGAAGAAAAAUAUGCAGGAAACAGUAGGUGAUCGAUUAUGUCUGAUAGAUAUGGUUAUCAGGAAUAUUCACUUGGUGAAUAAUGAAUUAAUUGGCAGAAUCAGUGAGAGACGAGCCACCACGUAAUCCGGCUCUUUGACCUUCUAGUCUCAUGGUGAAAAUUCAAUCUCUGCUCAAGACUAGGCCUCUCAGGCCUCCCAUCCGAACUGGUGGGGAUCCUAACUGCCCAGGCUGGAAGGCAAAGUCCUCUCUGGCGCUGGGCGGGGCCUGCAGAGGUCUGGUGACUGCGUUUCCCUGGCAACGCCUUGUUCCCAGCAACUGCUGCGGGCUGCGGUCCACUGGGAGCUGCGGGGAGAGCGAGAGGCUCCUGCCAUGAAUCCGCCGGGGUCCAUGGGGGUGCAGGAGCACAGUGCAGAGGAGCCCUUAUCCAACCCCAUUCACACGCCCUCAAUACUUUCUGACGACCCGCAGGAGCGGAUCCAGGCCCGGCGCCUCCGCAUCGCGGCGCGCGUGGAAGCCAGGAGGCGGGAAGCUCUUGGAGAAUAUUUAGAUGGAAAGAAGGAGAGUGAAGAGGAUCACAGCAAGAGCUACAAACAGAGAGAAGAGAGCAGACUGAAAUUGGCUAAACUGCUGUUCUAUGGCACUGAGUUGGUGUCAAAUAUUCGAGUGGCGAUAGAUGUCAGGGAGACCCACAGGAGGGUGGAAGAGGAGGAGAUAAAGCGCCUGAGAGUCGAGAAGCUGGAGAAUGAGGUUAAGACCAGCCAGGACAAAUUCGACGAAAUCACUUCCAAGUGGAAGGAGGGCAGGCAGAGGCAGAUCCCCCAGGAGCUGUGGGACAUGCUCAGCGCUCAGCAGCUGCACUGUGCGGGGCUCAUAGAAGACAAGAACAAGCUCAUCAGCGAGCUGCAGCAGGAGUUAAAAGUCAAGGACGACCAGUACGUGAAGGACCUGAAGAAACAGUCCGACGACAUCUCCCUGCUCCUGGAGAGGAUGGAGGAGCAGGUGAAGAGCACGAUGAAAGCCUUCCGCCAGGAGCUCGUUCACAUCGAGAAAGCCUUCGAGCUGGAGCGACAGGAGCUGCUGAUCAGUAAUAAGAAGAAAUGGGAGUGGGCGCUGCAGGCUCACAGCACCAAGGAGCUGGAGUACCUCAUCAACCGCAUGAAGAGGGUGGAGGACUAUGAGCAGCAGCUGAACAAGCAGCGGAUCUUCGACUGCGAAGAGUACAACACCAUCAAGAUCAAGCUGGAGCAGGAUGUGCAGAUUCUUGAGCAACAGCUUCAGCAGAUGAAAGCAACGUAUCAGCUAAACCAAGAGAAGUUAGAGUACAACUUCCAGGUGCUGAAGAAGCGGGAUGAAGAAAGCACAGUGAUUAAAUCCCAGCAGAAGAGGAAGAUCAAUCGCCUGCAAGAUAUACUUAACAACCUGAGAUCAAAAUACGCCAAGCAGAAGAAGCAGUUUCAGGAGGAGAAUCAGUCUCUGACCACAGACUACAAACGUCUUGUGAUGCACUUCAAGGAGCUACAGAAAUCCAUGAGGCAUUUUGCUCUUGUUGAUGCUGAGAAGUUUCGGGAGAUUUGGCUGAUGAACGAAGAGGAGGCGAAGGGGCUCAUAGACAAAGCCUUCAGUGUAGACCGGAUCAUCCACACCCAGCAUCUGGGGCUCCCCUGGACAGCGCCUGACCUCUGGUUCCUGAGCAAUGUGGGGCCCAUUUCCCAGCAGCCGCGGAAGUCCGCCACCCAGAUAGUAGAGGAGGUGCUGAGGCAAACAGAGGAGGAGGAGGAGGAAGAGGCUGCCUUACAUCCAGAGUCUUACCUGGACCUGCCCAAGCAAAUUUCAGCAAAAACAACCAAAAAGAUCCUGAUGCUUCUAUGUGAUGAGUCGGGUUUCCUCAUAGAGAGCAAGUUGCUGAGCCUUCUCCUUUCCCUGGAGAAGACCGAGUGCUAUCUGCUGAGGUUGGACGCCAUCUUUUCAGCCCUUGGAAUCGAAAGUGAGGAUGACUUGUACAAACUGGUCAACUUCUUCCUCAAAUACCAAGCCCACCAUGGAUCCUCCACCCAGAUGAACCCCAGGGAUCAAGUGGGCACCGAGCAGCCGAGCCUGACGUCAGGGGUGGAGCUGCUGAGCGUGGAGACAGCGGAGGACCAGAGCAGCCCCACAUCUGUCUCCCCGAGAGCCAGCGUGGCAUCCGGCUUGGAGGUGGCAGAGCAGACCGGGCUGGAGGGAGGCGCAGGCGGGGAGCAGGAAGAGAAGGUGGCUCCGGCUUCUCCCGGGCUCAUCCACCCCAACGACGUCCUCAAGGUUCUGGAGGCCUUCGUCAUGGGUCUCCGGAAGCCCAGGGACCUUCAGACACUGCUGAAGGUGACAAGGAAUGAGCGAGAUGAUUCAAAGGACUCUGCGUACUGGGAGGCCCUGAGCACGGUGAUCCCCGAUGCCAGGCUCAGCCUGUGGGACACACUCUACACAGCCCUGGAGAGAUACCACCACGUCCUGACCCAGCGGGCCGAGCUGCUGCUGGAAAACGAGUCCCUGGAGCAGCAGAACGCCGAACUGCAGUCUCUGCUGCAGCAGUAUCUUCAUUCCAAGAUAAACUCUCAACUGCAGGUUCCUCCGACGCAGGUGUUCCGGAUACCCACCAAAUAGAGGUGGACCCCAGAGGCUGACGAGUACAAGCUCGUGCUGGUGCUGUGCUGGUGCUGGGGACCAGGGCCCACCCUGGGUUUCCUGGAGCUGUUGUUACAGGCCCGUUGAAAGAAGCCCCCACUUAGUUCCCAUUAAAGUCAAUUGAAACCA